AUGGUAAUAUUAGCAGGUCUUCAUUUCUCUUUCGUUCUUGUCUUUAAUCAGUCUUCAUCCUCUUUAUUAUUAGGAUUCGUUCCUCUUUUCCUUCGAUUUUUCCAAUUUUCCUUAAACUCUUUCUUCCUUAAUUCCAAUUUUUUUCCUUCCAAUCUUGCCUGCUACCAACCCAGCUUUUCUAUCUUCCUAAUGUCGUUCCUUCUUUUUAUCUUUCUUUCCUUAUACUCUGAACUCUUUCCUUUCAUCUCGGAGUCCCUAAAUAUUUAUUUUUUUCCUCAAAUAUUUCCUUCUGAAAAAAUUUCCUUUUUUCGUUCCUCAACUAUUUCUUCUUUCUUUCAUUCUGUCCUUUUCUCCUUUCUUCCGGCCUUCCUUCCAUCUCUCCUUAGCUCCUCCUCUCCUUCAACACUAUCAUUUCUUUCUCCCUUCCUUUCAGAAAUAAUUCAUUUUUUUACUAUUCCUUUCAAAAUAAUUCCUUCCAUCCUUCCUGGGUUCCUCAUAUCAUCCUAUCAUUCCUUCCUUCCUUCCUUCUUUGAUUGUUCAAAUCAUUCCUUCACUAAAUUCACACUUAUCUCUUAUUUUUGUUUUCUCCCGUUCUCGUUUUCAACCGACAUCACUUUCUUUCCAUUCAGUUUUACAUACGCUUAUUUGCACGUACAAACGUGA